GAUGCGUUUAAGUUAUCUGACAACAAGUUGUGGCGCGGCCAGCCACAUUAGCACCACGUCUAUUUAAAAAAAAUAGAAAUUGGGAGAAAAUAAAAAUGGUGGAAAAAUUGAAUAAAUGUGAAAGUUUUUUAUUAAAAAAAUAGAAUUUUCAAAAAUCAUGGGCAAAACUAUAUGGAUAUGGACUAAUAACAUAAAAUACAAUACAAUAUGAAUAUGGAUAGCCGAGUUAUUGAAGAAUUAAUUAGAAGAAUGUUAGUGGAGAAGUAAAAGUUUUUAAUGCAUUAUUAUCAGUAUUACAUAAAAAGGCUAUUUCUCUCUCUCAAAAAACAAAGAGGCUACCACGCAGCCCCAAACGCAACAAAUAGCCCUGCCAAAAAACCAGCUUGCUUGCAUUACAUAUUUACCAUGUAACGACGUUUCUUUUUGCCAGUUUCAAAUAAAAUCCAUUUUUUUCUCCAUUAUGCAGCCACAGUAUUUCUACAAAAUCAUGACUACUCCCAUCGUAUUUCAGGCCAAAGCCAUGACUACAAACCUCAUAAUUUCGACUGCAUUUUUAGCUCUUGUUGUUUCCAUUUUGUUACUCUAUUUUGAUGCCAUCAGCAUUCAAGAUUCCAAUAUCCAUCAAGAAUUCAAGAAUGAUACCUCAUUGGUGCCCAACAAAAUUCAUGACGCCGUCGUUUUACCAAUGCCCGGCGGCGCCGUCGGGCCGGAGAGCUUCACCUUCGACAGCCGCGGCGGCGGCCCCUACACCGGCGUCUCCGACGGGAGGAUUAUCCGGUGGCAGGCGAAUGAAAGCCGGUGGGUGGACUUCGCCGUCACAUCGCCCAAGAGGGAUGGGUGCGUAGGUGGCGGUGAUCAGUCUGAAAUGGAGCACAUUUGUGGGAGGCCAUUGGGCCUUUGCUUCAAUGUGAAAACGGGCGGGCUCUAUAUCGCGGAUGCAUAUAUGGGCCUCGUUUAUGUGGGCCCAAAUGGUGGGCUUUCUAGACCAAUAGUAAAAGAAGUCAACGGAAUUGGUUUGGGCUUCACAAAUUCUGUGGACGUUGAUCAGAGCACCGGAGUCGUGUAUUUUACAGACAGCAGUACGAGGUUCCAAAGAAGGAAGUUUGUUUCGGCGAUUAUUAGCGGCGACGACACCGGAAGGCUGAUGAAAUUCGAUCCCCGCACAAGAAAAGCUAGUGUCCUCGUCAACAACCUCAAGUUCCCAAACGGCGUCGCAUUGAGCAGAAGCGGCGAUUUCCUCCUAUUCGUGGAGACCACCACUUGCAAACUCUACAAAUUGUGGCUCACACCCGCCAGAUAUGGGGAAGUGGAGGUCGUCACGGAAUUCUUCGGAUUCCCAGACAAUAUAAAGAGGAACAGGAAUGGUGAAUUUUGGGUGGGAAUCAAUUCUCGGAGAGGGAAGCUCUUGCAAUGCCUCAUUUCCCAGCCUUGGAUCGGAAACGCGGUGGUUCGGUUUGUGCCGUGGGAUGUUACGAGGCUGCGCUCGUACUGGGCUGGUUUGGUUGGUAGGAACGGGAUGGGGGUUAGACUGGAUAGGAAUGGGAAUGUGGUGGAGGUGUUGGACUUUCACAGAUGGAAGGAGGUGAGUGAAGUGCACGAGGAGGAAGGCUCUUUGUGGAUAGGAUCUGUUGUCAUGCCCUUUUCUAUUACACACAAAUUUCCAAAUUCUAUAUGAGAUUUUAAGACCUAAUAAUAAUGAAUGUGGAUUACAUCA